AUGGGUCUCUCGCCUGGAUUUACUGUCCUAAUUAUUCUGCCGGCCUUUCUGCUGCACACCAGCGGCCUUUACAUCGCCAGUAGCGUUGACUCCCUGCAGCAUGUCCUGGGGGAGUAUGGACUGGUGAGGCCGAUGAGUGUGGACGCAGAGGGUCGCUUCCUGUCCCACGCCGUCUCGGCUGGCCGCAUGGCAGGAGGGCAGCCCCGUAGGCGCCAGAGGAGGGAGGUAGGAGUAGGCAAUGAUGAGUGGGAAGGACCAAGAGGUGUCGAGGAGGACCAAGAACCGGUGGCCCGUCAGGAAAGGCUUUACUACAACGUCACCGUCUUCGGCCGGGAGUACCACCUGCGCCUGCGCCACAAUGCCAGGCUGGUGGCCCCCGGAGCCAAGAUGGAGUGGCGUGAUGACAGUGACAGCACCCAGCACUCUGAGCCGCUGCACGAUGAAUGCUUGUACGUGGGUGACAUCACAGAUACACCAGGAGCCACUGUGGCUAUCAGCAACUGUGACGGCCUGGCGGGUAUGAUCAGGACGGAGCAAGAGGAGUUUUUUAUCGAGCCAGUAGAGAGGGGCGAUGGAGUGAUUGAGGAGGAAGAGGGAGGAGGAAGGAGGCACAUUGUCUAUCGCUCUGCAGAUGUAAAGAAAGCGCCCAUCAGCAGCACAGCGGCAGAACACCACUCCAGAGGUGCAGAUCUCGGUGGUCUUAUGGACCUGGAGUCUCUGUACCGCGGUGUGAAACAGAGUAUCAACCACACACGAGCGGGGCGAACACGCAGACAGAGCCUGGACAGAGCCUAUAACAUCGAGGUGCUGCUGGGUGUCGAUGACUCAGUGGUCCAGUUUCACGGGAAGGAGCAUGUCCAGAAGUACCUGCUCACACUCAUGAACAUUGUGAAUGAGAUCUACCAUGACCAAUCUUUGGGAGCAAAGAUCAAUGUGGUGCUUGUGCGGAUUAUCAUGCUGGGCUAUGGCAAGUCCAUGAGUCUGAUUGAACUAGGGAACCCUUCCCAGAGUCUAGAGAAUGUGUGUCGCUGGGCCUUCCUGCAGCAGAAGCAAGACACAGGGGACGCUGAGUACCACGACCACGCCAUCUUUCUCACACGACAGGAAUUUGGCCCGACGGGCAUGCAGGGUUACGCUCCAGUGACAGGCAUGUGCCAUCCAGUGAGGAGCUGCACUUUGAACCACGAGGACGGUUUCUCUUCUGCCUUUGUGGUGGCGCAUGAGACGGGACACGUGCUGGGUAUGGAGCACGAUGGCCAGGGGAACCGCUGUGGUGAUGAGGUGCACAUGGGCAGCAUCAUGGCUCCACUGGUUCAGGCUGCCUUCCACCGCUUUCACUGGUCCAGAUGUAGCAUGCAAGAGCUGGGACGCUACCUUCAUUCCUAUGACUGUCUGCGUGACGACCCCUUUGACCACAAUUGGCCGUCGUUGCCUCAGCUUCCUGGUUUGCACUACUCCAUGAAUGAACAGUGUCGCUUUGACUUCGGUGUGGGCUACACGAUGUGCACCGCGCUACAAAAGGCGGGCCAGUCAGGAACGCAGUAUCGCACAUUUGAUCCAUGUAAGCAGCUGUGGUGUAGCCACCCAGACAAUCCCUUCUUCUGCAAGACCAAGAAAGGACCACCCAUUGAUGGCACCAUGUGUGGGAAUGGGAAGCAUUGCUUUAAAGGUCACUGCAUCUGGCUGACCCCUGACAUCAUCAAGCAAGAUGGAAACUGGGGUUCAUGGAGUGAGUUUGGCCAAUGCUCCCGCACCUGUGGUGGGGGAGUGCAGUUUCGCACACGCGACUGUGACAAUCCUAGACCAGCCAAUGGAGGCCGCACCUGUGUGGGGGCGAUUUACCAGUUCCAGAUGUGCAACACCAACGAGUGUGAGGAUAUCUACAGUGAUCCAAGAGAGGAGCAAUGCCACGCUUUGGACUCUCGCUAUGAACUCCACGGCAACAAGCACCACUGGCUGCCUUAUGAACACCCAGACUCUAACAAACGCUGCCAGCUGCAUUGCCAAUCCAAGGAGACACGAGACGUGGUCUUCAUGCAAAGAAUGUUCCUGGAUGGCACACGCUGUUCAUACAAGGAUCCGCACAGUGUGUGUGUGCGGGGGGAGUGUGAGAAAGUGGGCUGUGACGGUGCUGUGGGCUCUUCAAAGCAGGAGGACAAGUGUGGAGUGUGUGGAGGAGACAACUCCAGCUGCAAAACCUUUAAAGACACCAUCACACGAACAGCCAAGAAACAAGGUUUCCUCAAAGUUCUUGAAGUUCCAAGAGGGGCGCGACACUUACUGAUCCAAGAGCUGAAAGCAACGUCACAUACUUUAGCUGUGAAGAAUGUGGCAUCGGGACUGUUCUUUAUAAAUGGAGAAAAUGAAUACCCAGAAUCCCACUCGGUCAUAGAGAAGGGGGUAGAGUGGGAAUAUGAGAAUGACAAUGACAAGGAGACUCUUCAGACCACCGGACCUCUCAGACAUGGCAUUCUGAUCAUGGUAAAGUUACAUGGAGAUGAAGAUGUGAAUUUGUCCUAUAAGUACAUGAUGAACAUGGACAGUGACUCUGCCAUUCAGAACAACAUGCUGGUAGAGGACAGUGCCUACGAAUGGGCCCCAAAGAGAUGGUCCUACUGCUCAAAGCCCUGUGGUGGAGGGAAACAGUACCUGCGAUACGGCUGCAGAAGAAAAGUAGACAGUAAGAUGGUGCACAAGAGCUUCUGUAACAAGUCCAACAUGAAACCUAGAGGAGACACCAGAGACUGCAACCAGAAGCCCUGCCCUCCACCCAUUUGGGUGACAGGGGAAUGGCAGAACUGCAGCAAACCAUGUGGAAAGACAGGGAUGCAAAUCCGCUCGGUCAGCUGUGUCCAACCUUCAGAUGACAACACCACACGCACAAUCCACAAUAAACACUGCAACGACGACCGGCCAGAGGCCCGCAAGUCCUGCAACCGACACGCCUGCCCCACCCAGUGGAAAGUCGGACCAUGGUCACAGUGCUCAGUGACAUGUGGUAAUGGGACCCAGCAGAGGCAAGCUUUGUGCCACACCAGGGAUAACACCAUCGGACUGUGUUUGGACAGUAAGCCUGAAACCAUCAGAGUCUGUCGGAUGGAUCCAUGUCCCAAGGGCUCAUCAGACCUCAACAAGAACGGCAACAUGCUGAUCCAGUGGCUGUCACGCCCCAACCCCAACUACCCGCAGAUCUCCUCACGUAAACCCUUCCUCUAUAGCCAGCGUUGUCAUGGAGACCGCUCAGUGUUCUGUCGUAUGGAGGUGCUGAAGCGCUACUGCUCUCUACCGGAGUACCAGCGCAUGUGCUGCAAGUCCUGCAGCAAUGUCACCAUCACAGACCCUCUGCCCACCUCCAGAUCCAACCCCAUCACUUCCAUCUUGCCCAGUGUUACUGCUUCUCCAUCCACCAGCAUCUUCAGCUCUGGCUUCAUCACCACCACCCAACCCACCAAAGCUGUAAUCACCACCAUUUCAGCCUCUACCACCAAUCCCUGGACCAUCACUUAUCCUUCUACUUUCAUGACUCCUGUCCCUCAUUCCACUCCAACCUCACUGCAGACCACAGAAAUGAUCACCAUUCAUCCACUGCCAGCCACCAGUGUUCCCAUCCUCCCUACCACCUCAGUAAUUACAACAUCUCCCAGUGUUAAUGCUUAUCCCCUGCCUCUGCCUGUCCCAGACACAGACGAGAGCACAAAUCCACAGUUACAGAUCACUACAAAUAGUCCAACAACUUUAGGUCUGAUAACGACCACAGACUCUCAAGGAGGGACCAGUUCAACCAUAACAAGUCCCACAGAAGACAGUACCAAAACAGUCACUCUGCUAAAAUACAAGCCAAAAAAGAAUAUUCCACCAAAGAAAAAACCCAAAAAAGUGAAUCCACCAAAAAUCAAUCCAAAAAAGAAUGCUGCACCAAAAAACACUACCAGAAAAGAUGUCCCACCAAAGAUUAAUCCUAAAAAGAAAACAAACACUAUUCCCAAAAAGAAUACUCCUGAAAAAACAAAUCACAAAAAGACUACUCCUGCAAACACUACUCCCAAAAAGACCACUCCAGCAAAAACGACACCUAAAAGGACUCCUCCAGUAAAGACCACUCCUAAACAGACUCCUCCAGUAAAGACCACUCCUAAAAAGACUCCUCCAGUAAAGACCACUCCUAAAAAGACUCCUCCAGCAAAGAAUAUCCCAAAGAAAACACCCAAACCUACUCCCAAAAAUAAGGCACCACCAAAGGCCAAUCUCAAAAAGAACACUGGGCCAAAGACAAAAGUUACAAAACAAACACAAACAAAGACAUACACCAAAAAGAACUCCAAAACAGGUCCCAAAAAUGCACCAAAUUCACAGACCAAGGUUAAUCAGAAUAAGGGUACAGUGAAAAUGACAAAUCCAAAAAAGAAAACACUUAAAACAACAUCUUCAUAUUACACCACUCCAUAUACAAGCCCAGAACCAUCAAAAGAGUACUUUUCUUCCACGGUUUCCUCCACCACUAGUGUUUAUGCUACAACAGCGAGAACCCCUUUUCCUGAGUCAAGAAUCAAUGUCACAUACAUCAGUAAUAGCACAGCAACAACAGAUGAAACGCCACUGUGGUACCAGGACAAUGCAAACUUUGGAGCCACAACCCCAAGUACUUUUGAUGAUGCCAUAAUUCCCACUGGACACAUUCACUUUGAAGAUGCCACAAUGCCCAGUGGGAUUAUGCCAUACAGUGAUGUUACAAUUACCAGCAGUGGUGAUGUCACAGCAACCAGUGGGGCCAUUCUCAGUGGGGAUGACAUCACAGAGUCCUACGGCAACAUGGGGAUGGGCAGUGACACCAUGGUGCUGGACGAUGGCCUUACUAUGGUGAUACCGACCAUCAAUAGUGAGGAUAUGACAGAUCUUGCUUCUUCGCCCUGGCUGGACCUGUCUGACUACAUUCCUGUGAGCGUCCCUGUUCCCACGACAACGCCACCUCCCAUGACAACACCACCUCCCACAACAAUGCCACCUCCCACCACCAUUUCUCCGACAACAGAAGCACCAACUUCUAUAGCUACCACAGCCUCUACAGUAAGACCUCAGCGAAGGCCAGAGGAGAACAGUGAGAACAACUCCAUCGACAUCUUAUACAACAGGAUCAUUGGCGUGGACAGUGAUGUCUCUCAGAACAACCUGAUCCCGAAGCGCAGAGUCAACCUCCGUGAAAGGACCAGGAACAAACGCAUUCAGGAGCUUCUGGAGGAGAAGCGUAACUUUCUCCUCAGGAUGAAGAGAGGCCAGGCAGCACAAUAGACCAAGCCUUCUCAUUUCUCUUAUAGAGAUGAUUGUUUUCCUUACAGACUUUUGUAAG